AUGGACAGAACCCCGCUCCACCCAAUGGCGUCCCCUCAGUGCGUUCCUCGCAGCACCAGCUCGGCGUCCCGGGCCGCGCCGGCCUUCUCCACCGCCAACUUCGUGCGCUCCCUCCGCAAGGCGGCAUCCUUCGGCUACAGGAAGACCGGCGCCGCCGGUGUCGUCGACGCCGUGGGCGCCACGCGACGACACGGCGCGGGUGCCACAGUGAUGUCAUCCCCAUGCAGGUCAUCUCCUGAGCCGGGCUACGCUACGAGGCGGAGCCGGGGCACUGGGGAGCCGGAGGACGCCGGGAGAAGAUCGGGCGUGCCGGGGAAGAUGACGACUACGCCUAGCAGCAGGGAGGGGGCGCGGAAGGAGGACGCGGCGCAGCGGGCGCGCGUGCUUGCCGCGAGGCUCCUGCAGUGGCGGUUCACGAACGCCCGACUGGAGAAGUCCAUGGCCCGCGCCACCUCCGCCGCCCAGAAGAAGCUGUUCUACGUGUGCCUGCGCGUGGCUGAGCUGCGCAACAUCCACGCGGCCAAGAUGAUCGUGGCGCAGCGGUGGCGGCAGAAGGUUAAGCUUGGAAGGAUCCUGCGCACGCAUCAGCUCCCCCUCCUCGGGACAUGGGAGCCCGUCGGGGAGUUGCACGCUGGCGCCGUCGGAAAAUUCGGCCGCGUCCUUUCCGCCGCAGCCGCCUCCCUCCCCUUAACCGACGGAGCCCAAGUCAGGCUGGAGCUGUUGCACGAAACCAUGCUCGCUUGCGUACGCGCCAUGGAUGAGAUCGAAGCCAAUGCCGCCAUGUUCUAUGCUACGGGUGGCGUGACGAGCAGCGCCGCCGGCGAGCUCGCGAGAACAAUCCGGCAAGAGAUCGCGGGGCUUGAGGAGGCCAUGCGCCUCUCCAGGAUCGUAACUACCUUCCUGGUUCAGGAAGUGAGCCUUCGAGCAGAUUUAAUACAAGCAAAGCCCAAGAUUGACUAGUGCUUGGCAUGGCCGGGGUCCGUACGCCGCCCUUUGAUCACCAGAGCAGGGUGCCAUCAUUACGGGGAUAACUCAUCAUAAACAGGAGAUGGCACCCGCCGGCCGGUCCCAAACUGCUAGUUUCAUGUCAGCUUGUCGGAAAUAAAUUAAGUUAUGACCAUCAGGAGACAGAUGAGGUGCAUGCGGAUCUCUGUUGCUAUAGUAUUUCCUUGCUGCUAGCGAUCAAAUUAUUACGUGAUUUAUCCAUGCGUGUGUACUGUAA